UUUGGUUCUUUUUUCUCAGAACCGGUAUCAGCAAACCUCCACAAAAACCUAAGAGGUAAAGUGCUCUGUUUCCUUUAUCCUUUCUUUCCCAUCAGCCGCCGCAAGCUUUCCAUCCUCACGGUGGUCCGCUCCUUCAUCUGUAAACCUCCUACCGCCUCCCCUUGCUCGUCAUUGCAAAACCUCACUCACUUACGUUGGCUCGUCCGUACCCCCGGCCACUAUCUACCUCCACUUUAACGUCGUUCUCUGUUCUACAUUUUGUUUACUUCUCUCUUUCCCUCUUCCUUCCGUCAUCUUCGUUGCUCGUUCUUCCGUCUUUGCUGCUUUUUACUCCCUUCACAUGACUCUCUCUCGUUUUAUUUUAUCUUUGUUUAUCUUUUAUUCGUUUUCGGUACUAAUUUACUUUCUUUUUUCAGAAGUUUGCUUCGAACUUGAGCAAAGUAUUUAUUCCUAUGUUUCCGAAACUAGUUUUCUUAAAAAAAAAAAUCUCUAAUUGUUUAAAUUUUUUAUGGUUAUAUUUUAGCUUUAUAUUUUAAUUAUUAUUUUUGAGUUUUAGAAAAUGAAAAUAUUAGAAAAAUGGCAAAACGCUUUGGCUGGAUCUUCUCGUUGCGGUGCCUAUACGAAGGGAUCAACAACUCCAGACACCAGAAAAAAGUAACAAAUGCUCUCACUCUUUUCCUUUUUCAUUUCGACGGGACUAACGCUAAAUUACAGGAUUUUAUUGUUGCAACUGAAGUUUUAAGGUGAUGGCGAGGAUCAAACCACAAGCUCUGCUACAACAGAGCAAAAGGAAGAAAGGGACAGCUCGAAUAAGUCUUACAACAAUUACAAUGUUGAUUUUGAUUGUCGUUUUGAUUCUGUUUUUUGUGUAUGCCACCUACAGACACUGGACUCAAAGGUCAAGAAUUCAUAUUGAAAACAGGGAAUCAGUUAUUGAGGGUGACAACUCUUUCAUGGAUUCAAAGAAAUCUGAUCUUCCAGGAUAUGCUAUUUUAGAUACUGCGAAAGGCUCUAUAACAGUGGAGCUCUUCAAGGACAGUUCUCUUGAAGUUGUUGAUCAAUUCCUUGAUUUAUGGUGGUCAGAUGUUGCUUGGAGCAUGCAGCAUCAGUGGCCAAGACAUUCUUGAUGUCCGAUUGUGUGGUUGUGGAAAUAAAGGAACCCGAGCCCAUGCCUGCUGGGAACCCCAUGGAUAAUUCAGGAUACGGCUACUAAAGCAGAUGUUGAAGGGAAACCGAAUAAGGUAUCAAAUUUCCAUUGUAGCAACGAUGAACCUGUUAGAGUAGAAUGCUUAUUUUCGUUGUUGAUUAAUUAUUGAAAAAUCCUUAAGUUCCCGGUGAUAUAUAAGAUUUGUAUUUUGCAGUUCAGUGUAAAAAUUUUGAGCAUCAUUUUUCAGUGGAAGGAAGAAAGUUGGUAUUUA